CAGUGUUGUGCAUAUACUUUAAAAACAUUUCCAGAAUCUUUCCUUGCCAGUCUAGAAAAACAAAUGCCUAAUCAUGAUAACAGUGAGUACUUUUUUGACAGAAAUCCGUUGAUGUUUGCAUACAUACUUGAUUCUUUUCGAAAAGGCUCAGUUCAUCUGCCAAAAGAUAUUUGCGGAACUACUUUCAUGGAAGAAUUGGAAUUUUGGGAAGUGUCCCUACGCCAUGUUGCUCCGUGUUGCUUGGAGGCUUUAUAUAAAAGUGAGAAUGACAUGUCAACAAUACAGAAACUUUUGAAAGAUUAUGAGAAUAAAACGAACGUUUUUCUCAUGCGACAAAAAGAUACAAGUGUAAAAACUCAAAUGUGGCUGUUCAUGGAUGAACCAACUUCCUCAAAACUGGCAUUGAUAUGGGCAACAUUUAUAUCACUUUUGAUAGUUUUGUCCACAUUUGCUGAAGCACUCUCCACCGUACCGGCAUUUGAUGUGAAUUACACUGAGUCCGAGAAGCAGGUGUUGCGGAAGAUAGGGCUGUUCCUAAACUGGGACAAUGCCACAUUUAUUGGAAUGUAUUGGGCCUUGAUCACGGUUACAACAGUAGGUUACGGCGACUACGUUCCGAUUUCACCAGUUGGUUACGUGAUCGCUGGGGCGUGUGCAGUAUGUGGUAUAUUGAUUCUCGCUUUACCGAUUGGAAUUGUUGCAUCAUCCUUUUGUACAUUUUACAAUUAUCGUAAAUUUGGUAGAAGGCAUUUCCAGAUUUCCAUAGACGGCCAUAAAUCAACAAAUAAAUAA